CCGUUGUUGCACCAGCACAUCGACAUUAACCGCUUUCAGUGCUAGAGCGCGUUCCUCCGCGCUAUACUCACAUAACCUAAAAGUUAAACAACCCUGAUUAUUUUAGUACUAUUCAUUGUAAUACCAUUAAAUACUCAUGAUUACCUCGAAUUUAUAAGUUAGUGUUGUGGAAGUUUACGCCCAGCCAAAGGGCGUACGUGGAGUGUAUUUUUGUGCAACACAAAGUAAAUACAAACGGCAAGCUGUGGGGAUCAGGGGCCUUUUUUUUGCCGCCGCAGGGGAUGUACUAUCCUGUGAGUAACGGCAAUGUCAUCGAUACAGGAACACCUACCCUGCUGCAUAUGGUGGGGACGGGUAUGGCGACCCCGUUCCCUGCGGCGGCGGCGGCUGCGGCGGCCGCUGCGCAGUUCGCAGCCAACGGCGAUGCCCUGGCAGGAGUGAAGGCGGAGGCCGCAGGGCCCACCGCGCCGCCACAGCCCCCACUGGUCAAGAGCGAAGGGCCGCCACCGCCCGCGCCGCUACCGCCAGCCAACUUCUCACCUCAACCGCCGUCACAGACACACACACAAAACUCAAUAGAAAAUCAAAACAACACCUCACAAAGUGAAGGCGAAUCAAAUGAAGAGAGUACACCAGUGAGUGUGGCGGCGGCGGUAGUGGCUCAGCAGGCUGCGGCCGUGGUCGCACAGCAAGCCGCGGCGGCGCACGCGGCGGCCGCGGCCGUCAGCGCCGCCGUCGCCGCCGGGAACGUCAACGCCAGCGGCACUCCUGAAAAGACACUCGUGCCCGUCUCACAAGCAUCACAGCCCAAACGGUUACAUGUCUCCAAUAUACCCUUCAGAUUUAGAGAUCCUGAUCUUAGAAAUAUGUUUGGGCAAUAUGGCACAAUACUUGAUGUAGAAAUUAUCUUCAAUGAACGUGGCUCCAAGGGAUUCGGUUUUGUAACAUUCGCAAAUAGUGGUGAUGCGGAGCGAGCACGAGAGCGUCUUCACGGCACCGUGGUUGAGGGCAGAAAGAUAGAGGUUAAUAAUGCGACAGCGAGAGUGCAGACAAAGAAACCUCCGACCGUUCCUAACGUGUGUGUCCAGUGGCCGGAAGGUGAGAACCUUCAUUACGAUUUUGCCGCGCUGCGCCGCGAGCCGCGCGCCGCGCCGCCGCUCGCCGCGCACGCCGCGCCGCACGCGCUAGAGCACGCCGUGCUCAACCGCGCCGCCGCCUACGCCUCCUCGAUGCACGCCUACGCGCCUGUCUAUUACGACCCGUUCCUAGCUGCGGCAGCGACGGCUGACUCCAACUACAGACUUCAGGCCGCGAAGCCGGCAGCCGAGGCGGCAGCAGCAGCAGCAGCGGCGGCCGCGCCCCUGCUGAAGUCGCCGCUGACGUCGGCGCAGCACGCGGCGGCGGCGGCGGCGGCCGCUAACUACGGCGCCGCAGCACGCGCCGCCGCCGCCGCCGUCAGCGCCGCGCCCGCGCCCGCGCUCGCGCCGCUCGCUGCCACGUCAGUACCCACGUCCACCUCCAACACUUUGAUGUCGCUCAUGUACGGCAGAGAAUACGCAGAUCCUUAUUUGGGCCACGGUAUUGGACCAGUGUCGGGUUACGGGACUGCAGUAUACAGAAGUGGAUACAACAGAUUUGCGCCAUACUAAAGCCAGUGGAUCAAAAACGAUGAACUCGAAUAUUACCUUCGUCACCUUCACCUUAACAUGACAAUGAACUCUCUUUGUAAACGUACAAACAUAUUUCAUAAAUUUAAGGAUCAAUAAUAACGCUAGCCGACUACCGUAUAAGUGUCUAAGCUUGGGUAGUGGAGUAAUGAAGUAAUGAGCGAGCGUCGUGGAGUCGCCGCCGCGCCCGCACUACUUAUGAAAUACCAAAGUCAUUAAAAAUUCUAACACAAAUACUUUAUUAAGUUCAAACUAAUUAUAAAUUAUUUGUGUACCUAAUGCUAUACAAGUGCGAGCAGCUAAAGUGAGUGCUUUUGUUCUAUUUAGAUAUUCUAAGAGUUUACUAUAAUUUAACUAAUUACUCAGAAGUGAAUUCAUCUUACGAUUAGAGUAUACCGUACUGUUUAGUGUAGAUGUUACACUUGUAUCAUUGACAAUAGAAGAAAUAUUUAUCAUAAUGAUGAUAUAUUUAGUGAGCUUUGCACUUGCAUAUCAUAAAAAUUGUAAAUAUUAAAUGGGAAACGCAUUUUAUUGGGUCA